CCGAAGUCGAGCGGUCAGGUUAACGCACUUUCUCCGCGGGUGUUUGAGUUUGUUGAGCCAGAAGUACGCAACCCAACCUCCGAGGCCAAAACAAUCGAAGCUCGAGCUGAAUUCGAAGCUGAAUUUGAAACUGAAUUUGGAGCUGCAGACCAUCCAAUCCACUGCAAUUUUUUUUACGUGUCCGCGAGUGAACUUGACUUGAACAGAAACCCCCGGAGGGUCGAACGAGAUGACCCCCUGAAGCAGCCACUCAGUGUCCCGGUUCCACAACCACCACAACCAUGUGCGCCACCAGCCAGACCCUCUCCCCGAUCCCGAUCCCCAUCCUGAUCCUUCUCCCGAUCCUGGCCCGGGCCAGCACUCCCGGCCAGAACGGGCCGUCCGCAGUGGGCCCCAAUGGACUGCAGUGCCAGAGGAUCUCCGUCUCCGCCUGCCAGGGCCUCGGCUACAACAUGACCGCGCUGCCCAACCUGGCGGGCCACACCAACCAGCUGGAGGCUGAGCUCCAGAUCGCCAAGCUGGUGCCCCUCAUCGAGUCGGGAUGCUCGCCGCGCGCCCGCUUCCUCCUCUGCUCGGCGCUCUUCCCGCUCUGCACGCCGGACGUGCCACGCCCCGUCAGCGCCUGCAAGUCGCUCUGCGAGACGGUGCGGGGCGAGUGCGGGGAGCGGGCGCCGCCGGAGCUGAUGGAGCUCUGGCCGCCGUUCCUCAACUGCGCCGUCCUGCCGCAGCCGGAGAAGCACGAGCUCUGCAUGCAGAUCCCGCAGGAGGCGCCCGCCCCCGAGGCCCCGCCCACCAGUCCCACCAGUCCGCCGGGCGGGGAGCAGCAGGCGGUGCCGCUCCCGGAGGGGCCGCUCCAGCCGCCACCGCAGAUGUACCGCUUCUGGAAGAGCGGGGCGCCACCGCCCCCUGGAUCUGGAGCGGGACUGGGAGCGGGAUUGGGAGCGGGACUGAGAGCGGCAGUGCUCUGCCCGCAGAACUUCAGCGGCAGCCCCUUCGGGGCGGAGGAGUGCGUGCCGCAGUGCCAGCGGGACGCCUUCCACACCGCCGCCCAGAAGAAGCUCUCGGAGAGCCUGGUGCUCGGCCUCUCGGCGGUGUGCUUCGUGCUGACCCUCUUCGCGCUGGUCACCUUCUGGGCGGAGCCCACCCGCUUCGGCUACCCGGAGCGGCCGGUGCUCUUCCUGUGCCUCUGCUACAGCCUCUUCAGCGUGUGCUACCUGGAGCGGAUCGUGUUCCACAACCACAGCUACGGACAGGGAAACGGGCAUGGAAUCGGACUUGGACACUUGAAGGGGAGCCAGCAGGAGCUACCUGCCAUUCCGACGAUGGGAGGAAGGAUGGUGCGGGUCCACUCCGAGGCCUGCCCGCUGAGCCCGCCCUGCUUGGCCUCCUACAUCAGUACCUCCUAUCUGAGCCUCUGCGCCGCCAGCUGGUGGCUGAUCUUCGCGCUCUGCUUCUACCUCUCCUCGCACAAGAAGUGGUCCAGCGAGGCGCUGGAGAAGCGCUCGGGGCUCUUCCACGUGCUCGCCUGGGUGCCCCCGCUGGCCCCGCCCAUCGCCGCCCUGCUGCUCGAGCGCGUCCGCCCCAGCGAGCUGACCGGGAUGUGCCACGCCCCCGGGUUCGUGGAGCUGCCCGCCCUGGUGCUCCUCCUGCUGGGACUGUACUUCACGCUGCGCGCCUCCCGCUCGCUGCUCCUCCUGCAGCGCCAGCUCCAGCCCGCCUUGGCGCCCCGCUGCUCGGUGCACCGCUUCGGGCAGAUCCGGCGGCGGUUCGUCCUCUUCUCGCUGCUCUACUUCGCCCCGACCGCCGCCGGCGUGGUGGCCGCCCUCUGCGAGCGGUACGCGGACUCGGUGCCCAGCUGCUCCGCCCCCGAGGACUGCCUACCGCCCGCCCCGCUCAGCGCCUGGCCGGCCCUCGCGCGGAUCUCCUUCCAGCUGGUGGGCGGCACCCUCACUGGGUUGUGGGUGUGGUCGCGCAAGACCUGCGAGAGCUACAGGAGCCGCCUGGGAGCGGCGGGCUCCCCCGCCUCCUCCCCUCCUCUGAUGGGUCGCCAAGGCGGUAAGACGAUGGUGGUGGGAGUGGGAGUGGGAGGGGGAGCGGGACUGGUGGCCAAGAAGCAGCUCUACGCGAGCGGCAAGUCGAUGCUGCCGAGCGGGGGAAUCGCAGCGCCGCUCUACGCGGGCAUCAGCUUCCACAACGUGCCCGUCUUCAGCCCGAACCAGUCGAGGGUGUAGGGAUCUCCAUGGGAACUCAAUGGGAUCCCCCUGUACAUAUCACUAAUCCUGCAUCCCAUAUCCCGCAUCCCGCCGGGAGAAGGCUUCAAGCCCUGAUCUGAUCCUAGUUCGUAAGCCCGAAAGCGGAGAAACUGAAAUGUGUUAUAGCUUUAGAGUUCGCCUUCAGCGCAUAUAUAAUAUAAUAUAUUAGUAUAUAUAUUAGUGGCUAAGUAGAUCUAAGUAGAUCUCUAGGAUAAGCUAGGUUGUACAUACAAAAGUGUUUUUUUUCCUACUGCUAAGAUCGCCCAUCAAUAAAGCGAGACUACGAGUAAACCGAA